AUGUAUUCCCCUAACGAAACAACCAGUUCUCCCCGCAAGCCACCCGCGUCUGAUCUCGCGCAGGCGCUCGAGAGAAAUGCUGGUCGCCCCUUCACCGAAGGUGAGAUCGAUGACCUCAUUACCAUGAUAGACAGCCUGAACGAGCUCAUCAAGCGCUUCGCGAGCUUGCUAACCCAACUGGAAAGAGUCCUUCCUCCCGCCAAUGCAUCUAUACUGUGCCAACACGGAGCCGGCCUGUUCCAAGCGAAACAGGGUCUCUACAGCCUUAAAGUCAAGCUCAAUGACAUUUUGGACGGGGAAUAUGGAUUCCCCGAGUAUAACCGCAAGGAGCGUGUGCAACUCCGGUCCCGCAUCCAAGACUUUCAGCAGUACGUAUUCACCGCAGACGCAAUCAUUUUCAGCCUCGAGAACACGGUAGAAGAGCUUCACGAUGGCGAAGGUGCAAACGAGCAGUUGCUUUUGGAGCUUGCGCAAAAGGCGAGAAGCUUCCGCUCAACGCCGAGCACAGACGAGUAG